UGAGAGGUGGGGAUUGUGAGCCAGCAAGAGCCUGCGGCGCCCUGUGCAGGAGGAGAUCUUUCCCUGCACAACCAGCCAGCCACGCACACCGAUCUCCAGCUGCAGCGCACGUGUUCAGGAGACAGGAAGCCAGAGAGGACAUGUUACGCCCGGGACGUUCUAGCUUGUUUUUUAGGGGCUGGCUGGCUGCAGCAGUCGGUGUCCUUGUUCUGAGGCCCACCAACGGUAGGGGUGUACCUGGCUCUCGACCCAACAUCCUUCUGCUGAUGGCGGACGACCUUGGCAUUGGGGACAUCGGCUGCUAUGGCAACGACACAAUCAGGACUCCAAAUAUUGACCGCCUGGCAGAGGGUGGGGUCCUGCUCACCCAGCACAUCGCCGCGGCCUCUCUCUGCACCCCGAGCCGAGCUGCUUUCCUGACAGGCAGAUACCCUCUCCGAUCAGGUUUGUCCUUCCAUGAGUCCAACGGCUGGGGUUCAGCGGCAGGGAAUGCUCAAACAUACCAAUUCUUUGCAGGGCAGAUCCUUGAAACUUUGGACGCAGAAGGUCUCACCAACAGUACCCUCGUUUAUUUUACAUCGGACAACGGGGGAUUCUUAGAGGCUCAAGUGGGGAACCACCAGUAUGGGGGCUGGAAUGGGCUCUACAAAGGUGGUAAAGGCAUGGGCGGCUGGGAAGGCGGGAUCCGUGUCCCCGGGAUAGUCCGGUGGCCCAGGGUGCUGCCCGCCGGCCAGGUCAUCCACGAGCCCACCAGCUUGAUGGACGUGUUCCCCACGGUGGUCCAGCUGGGGGGCGGCAAGGUGCCCGAGGACAGGGUGGUGGACGGCCGGGACCUAUUGCCCUUGCUCCUGGGGACCGCGCGGCACUCGGACCACGAGUUCCUGAUGCAUUACUGUGAGAAGUUCCUGCACGCCGUCCGCUGGCACCAACGGGACAGAGGCACCGUGUGGAAGGUCCACUACCUGACCCCCGUCUUCCAGCCGGACGCAGCGCGCGCCUGCUACGAGCGAGGGAUCUGCCCGUGCGCAGGGCACGCGGUGACCCAUCACGACCCACCUCUGCUCUUCGACCUCUCCAGCGACCCCUCCGAGGCCCACGCGCUCACGCCGGACACCGAGCCCUCGUUUUACCAGCUGGUGGCCACGGUGGCCCAGGCCGUGGAGGACCAUCGCCGGACCCUCGGGCCUGUCCCCCUGCAGCUGGACGCGCGGAGCAACGUCUGGAGGCCGUGGCUGCAGCCGUGCUGCGGGCCCUUCCCCCUCUGCUGGUGCAGCCGGGAAGGCGAGGGGCAGUAACCGCCUGCCCCGGGGCACCCUGGGGUCCCCGAUGCCUGGAUGUGCUCCAUCUGGGGGGAAAUAAAACGCGGCUGUAAAGCUCGGUCAAGAGAAUGCCACAGGCACGUACGGACUCCACUAAAUAAAAUGCACCCUUGAGGGCUGCCCAGGCCACGCAACUGGCGAGUGACGCAACAGGCAAGCGACGCAACAACUGAGUGACGCAACAGGCGAAUGACGCAACACGCAAGCGACGCCACAACCGAGUGACGCAACAGAGCAGUGACGUAACAGGCAAAUGACGCACCACGCAAGCGACGUCACAACUAAAUGAUGCAAAAGAGCAGUGACGCAACAGGCGAGCGACCAGCAAAGUUCCUCCUGCUUCAGGGCUUUCUGGACAAAGGACCCCAGUCUCCCCCCGCCCCUGGAAAGCCCGCUGUGUCCCCCUUAAAGAGCUUCAGUCCCAAAGUAACUCA